AACGGCGCCGCCCGGCCAGUUGUUUUACGCUCGUUCUCGAUCGUGGAAAAGCAGCCGCUCAGUUGUGAAACAUGGCGUCUUCGGUCCGGAAGCGGGCGGCGAAGGAUGGCGCUCGGUCAGGGACUUCUGCAGCGCCAGAAGGCGCGAAGGUCUCGCUAUCAGCGGAAAACAGCGAGAACUCGGAGGAGUUGACGCUGGUGCCAAAGCCAGCCAUUAAACAUCUCACCAAACACAGCAAGCUGAAGGGCAGGAAGAGGAGGGGAGGCUUUGUCUUCUUCCUGGGUGGGAUUUUUGGUAUUCUGGUGGCGGGCUUCUUUGCGCAGAAGAAUGAUCUCUUCGAGCUGCCGGAGUUCGUGGAUCUGAUUUCGGACCUGAAUAUUAGUGGCUUGAUGGAGGUGCUUCCGGCGGGCUUUCUCCAGGAAGCAAGGGAAUUGAAGGGCGGAGAGCGUGAUGCUCUGAAAUACGAUGCCUUCUCUGUCGGUCUAAAACUGGCCGCAGAAGGCCUCAAAGCGACCCAUCCCGUUGUUAUGAUACCGGGUGUUAUAUCAUCAGGCCUCGAGUCUUGGGGAACGUCAAAUGUGUCACGACCAUACUUUCGGAAGCGACUAUGGGGCAGUUGGACUAUGAUGCGCGCGCUGGUAGUUGACAAGGAGGAAUGGAAGAGGCAUAUCAUGCUGGACAAAUACACCGGUCUUGACCCUCCUGGCGUCAAAGUCCGCGCAGCUCAAGGUUUCGAUGCAACCGAUUUCUUUAUCACGGGCUACUGGAUCUGGAGCAAGAUUCUUGAGAAUCUGGCAUCGAUCGGCUAUGAUCCAACAAACAGCUACACUGCAUCCUACGACUGGCGCCUCUCCUAUUCCAACCUCGAGGCUCGCGAUCAAUAUUUCACGCGUCUAAAGCUACACAUCGAGAUGGCUCAUCGCGUCCAAAAUAAAAAGAUUGUGCUCGUCAGUCAUAGCAUGGGCGGACAAGUCAUGUUCUACUUCUUCCACUGGGUGGCCUCACCACUUGGCGGAAACGGCGGCGAUAGCUGGGUAGAUGAUCACGUUGAUUCCUGGAUCAACGUGAGUGGGUGUAUGCUGGGUGCUCUGAAGGGGCUCCCCGCCGUACUUUCCGGCGAGAUGAAGGAUACAGCCCAACUAAACGUCUUCGCCGUAUACGGACUCGAGCGCUUCCUCAGCCGCGAAGAGCGCGUCGAGAUCUUCCGCGCUAUGCCGGGAAUCUCAUCCAUGCUGCCCAUGGGCGGAGAGGCCGUCUGGGGGAACUCGACGUGGGCUCCCGACGACCAACCCGGACAGGAGGUAAGCUUUGGACCAUUUCUGAAUUUCAAGGAUAACAACAUCACGCAUCCGGCGCGCAACCUCACAGUCACGGAGAGCUUGGAGUUUUUAAUGAACACGACAGAGCCGUGGUACCAGGAUGCAGUUAAGGGGAGCUAUUCGCACGGGGUGGCGCACUCGAAGGCAGAGGUCGAUGCGAACGAGAAGGACCCGCGGAAGUGGGUGAACCCGCUCGAGACGCGGCUACCGCUCGCUCCGAACCUGAAGAUCUUCUGCUUCUACGGUAACUAUUCUAGCCCCGGCGUGUUGGAUGUUGUUGGCUGACGCGGCGCGGCACGGCGUUGAUUUGAUGCAUUGACUAACUGGCGCGCAACAGGCACUGGCAAACCGACCGAGCGAUCAUACUUCUACCAUGAUACUUCGGCUCACCCGGGCCUUAAUGUUACGAUUGACACGGCGAUCAACGAGGGCAACAUCGACCAUGGGAUUGUGCUGUCCGAGGGCGACGGGACCGUGAACCUCCUAUCCAUGGGCUACAUGUGCAACAAGGGGUGGAAGAUGAAGCGGUACAAUCGCGCGGGGACGAAGAUCGUAGUCCGCGAGAUGGCGCACGAGCCGGACCGGUUCAGCCCGCGCGGUGG